AGAGGGCAUAUUUAUUGUGUUUAUUAUUAUACUAUAGUGUAUUAUGUAUAAAUGCGUUUCUCAAGUUGUAACAUUUGUUCUAUAUAUACAUUGUCUAUCCUUACUACUUCUACCACAAUGUACAUCUCUUUUUCAUUAUAUUCGGUAGUUGUGUAAUUAUUCUUGGCUCUUGAAACCCCGUCAUUGUCGCUUAGCUCACCUAGCUUGGUUGAGUAUUUACGCCUUCAGACUUUGCUGGAGAACUUCAUACUGAUCAUCUUUGCUAGAUAGAAGAAGAUGGCUCAUCACUACAAAAAAAAUGGCUAUUUGCCAGCGCAUAAUACAUUGGAAAAUGAGUCAAAAGCAUUGGAAAUAACUUAUUUUCUAACGUUGGAAAAUGUCGCUGGAAAAAUACUGCCUAGAAAAUAAUUAUUUUCCAGCACAUAGAGUGCGCUAGAAAAUAAUUCACAAUAUUUUACAGCGUAGUGCGCUGGAAAAUACAUGUAAACGGCAUGCAGAUGACAGCUAAUUGUCUACUGUUAACUUUUUUUUCCAGCGUAAUGCGCUGGAAAUCUUCGAAUGCUGUAUGCUAGAAAACAAAUUGCUACUUAUUUUCCAAUGUUAUACGCUGGAUAAUAAUGUUGAGGAUAAUGCAUUUAUCAAGUUAUUUUCCAACAAAAUACACUGGAAAAUAAUCCUUGCGAUAACAGUCAACACUAUGAAAAAAAGUGAACUUAUGUUCUAGCGGGAAGCGUUGGAAAAUUAUCUUGAGAAUAAGCAUCAUCAACUCAUUUUUCAGCACAAUACACUGGAAACUUGUCUACAAAUAAAAAAUAAAAAAAAAAGAACUUACUCUUAGUUUCCAGCAGAAUGCACUGGAAACAAAGAGUCAAUUAACCAAAAAAAAUAUAAUUUUCAAUUUUUU